AAACAGUCCCAUUGGGCAUAGAUUGACACUGCAAGACCCACUGCCGAUUCGUCCGGUUAUCAAUCAGCGCCUGGUUACUUUUUAGGCUGCUUUUCAUUCUAUUAAUUUCUUUUCUCUUUUGGAUUUAAAGUCAGUCUGGUCUUUCUCUUUUUGAUUGUUCUUACCUUUCACUCUACUCAACUCAACUCUGCUCGACUCUCUCCACUCAACGUAUAUUCAUUCCUUUUUGUCUAUUGAAAGAUACAGAUACAGAUACUAUAAUCGAAUCAUUCAUUCUACUUCUUUUCCUUCCUAUCACGGUUCAUAAUAUAAUAUCCUCUCUAAUUAAAAAGAGAAUCCCCAAUACCAACAGUCACCAAAUCAUAUAAGAAGAAAGCAAAAAUGGUCCUCAUAACCCGCGGCAUCUCCCUCACCAACUUCCUCGUCGCAUCCUCCGCGCUCGCCUUCCAGGUCUUCGUCCUAUAUCCCUGGCACAAGCAACUGGAUGAGAGCUUCGAGGACCUGAAGAAGGAGCAUCUGAAGGUCCUACAGGUUUUGGAUCGGGUUGAACAUGGCAAGGCUGGGGGCAAUCUGGGUAUUCGGGAGCAGAUUGAGAUGAAGAAGCAGGGUCUUUAGAAUAUACUUUCCAUCUUGGAAUGGGGAUAUUAGUUUGAACUUUUGGGGGGGUGGUGGAGGAGGAGGUUGGGUUUUGAGUAGCGGAGAGCUGGUGUAUAGACUGUAUAGUCUUACUGUCUAAGUUCUUAUAGAGGAUAGAUUUAUGAAUGUCAUUAUUCUUUUGUUUUUGCUCUGAA